CGGGUUGGACUCAGAGAGGAGCCCAGAACCCGAGCAUCAGAACUAGACUGUAAACAUUUUGGGAGUUUUCAUCUCCGGUGGUGGAGUGGUGGUUACGAGUAACUGGAAAGAGAUUCGCAGCGGACGCGUGAUUAGAUGGGAGAAAACAGCUCUGUCACCGCCGCACCACCACCGCCACGGGGAAAAUCCUCCGCCGAGGAGGACGCGCUUCUCAAGCAAUUUUUCGCUGAGGUCAGCGAGGUUGAGCGCGAUAACGAAGUUAACAGGAUACUUUCAUGUUUCAAGUUGAAUCCAUUUGAACACCUUAACAUGUCGUUUGAUUCAUCCAUUGACGAUGUCAAAAAGCAGUAUCGCAAGUUGUCUUUGCUUGUUCACCCUGAUAAGUGCAAGCAUCCACAAGCGAAGGAGGCAUUUGGUGCCUUAGCUAAAGCGCAACAGUUAUUGCUUGAUCCACAAGAGAGGGAUUACAUUCUGAACCAAGUUAAUGCGGCAAAAGAAGAACUAAGAUCAAAGUGGAAGAAGCAGCUUAAGAAAGACACUGCUAGCAAAUUGAAGUCAUUAGUUACUGAGGGAAAAUAUGACCAAGAACACGAGCAGUCACAGGAAUUUCAGCAGCAGCUGAAGUUGAAGGUUAGAGAAAUAUUGACAGAACAAGAAUGGCGGAGAAGAAAAAUGGCAAUGAGAAUAUCUGAAGAGGAAGGUCGCUUGAAGAAAGAUGAGGAAGAAACAAAGGAGAUGUGGAAAAGAAAACGUGAGCAUGAGGAGCAGUGGGAAGGAACUAGAGAAAAGAGGGUGUCCAGCUGGAGGGAUUUCAUGAAGGGCGGGGAGAAGGUUAAGAAAGGAGAGAUUCGGCCUCCAAAGCUUAAGACAGAAGAUCCCAACAAAUCUUAUGUUCAAAGACCAGUUAAACGAGGUUAACACAUGUACUUGAUAGUUUUUUAUUCCUUUCGUAGUUGCGUGAAUCUCAUCCAAGCUUAAGAACUGGCUUCUUGAGGGUAAACUUCACGCUUGUAUAAAGUUGUAUACUUUGGGAAACUAAUUAUUGAGCAGCAAAUUACAAUUAGCAUUCGAGUG